AUGUCCGGAUACUCUCAGAUCUCCGAGAUGGAUAGGAGAGAGGCAGGCACAUCUACAUCAGCCCCACUCUUCAAGAGCAAGCGAUACCACCCGUACUUCACUCCACGCGAAAUAGCAUUCUUGAGUGACAAGCAGCGAGGGAAGCUGUCGUAUAACCUGGAGGAAAAGACGAGACGCGAAGCAUGCAACUUGAUAGAAGUGAUUGGAUCCCGUCUGGGAUUCCCACAUCGCACCAUUGGCACGGCACAGUCGCUCUUUCAUAGGUUCCACCUCUUCUUCCCAAUGAAGGAUUUCGCCUACUGGGACGUAGCACACGCGUGCCUGUACGUUAGCACAAAAGUACACGACACGCUCAAGAAGCCCAGAGAUAUCAUCGUGGCCAGCUAUCAUGUGCGGUUCCCCGAGGAAGCAGAGAAAGCAAGAGCAAAGGGAGGAGAGAUGGAGAUCAAUCCAAAGAACUUGGAUAUUGACAAGCUGCGUCUUGUAGCUGUGGAGCGACUCGUGCUUGAGACCAUCUGCUUCAACUUCAAGGUGCAUACACCCCACUCCUACGUGAUCAAAGCCGGCCGUGCAUUAGGAGCGAGCAAAGAAUUGACAAAAUUGGCAUACAAACUCGCAAUUGACAGCCAUCGAACGGUUUCUCCACUUGAACACCCGCCACACAUCAUCGCCCUUGCUUCGCUCUAUCUCGCCGCGCUUCUGACUGCUUUCCCUGAGCAUGGAGGUGUAUCUGUCAUCCAAGAAACUGAAUGGUCAAAACCCGCAUCAACUUCCAACGGUUACGAGAACCGCAAUGGGCGACAGGCUCCCGCCGAGCCACCUCGACGAACUGCGAGAGAUAUCGGCGAAGAGCUCGGACAAGAAGGACGCUGGUGCAGGCAGUUUGGUGCACGUGUGUUUGAUCUGCAGGAAGUUGCCCAUCGACUGCUAGAUCUGCUCUCUUCCCAGCCGGCCCAGGCGAUCCACUCGCUCUCUACUUCUCCACAAACCCCGCUAACACCAACGUCGCCUUCUCCCAACCAGCCAUCUCCUAUCCCACACGGUCCUGCACCAUCGACCACCGCCUUUACUCCUGCGCACCUGACGAGGCUCAAGAUCUUCCUUAGAGAACGAGAGGCCGCGAUGGGUCCUCCUCCAAUACGACCGCAAAUCAGCCAAGAGGACCCAAGCACGGAUUAUACCGUCGGUCCGGGGGCAGUUAAUAUUCUCAGUGGGAAUGCAGAUAGGAACGCGGCUACGGAAGUGUGGAAUCAUGGAAGGGAGGCCCCGAGCGUGAGGUUCUUCUUCGACUGA